CCUACCAAGAAAAUGUGGUCGUACGUUCAGCGCCGUCAGAUCGCCAGCCAGGUCAGAUUAGACCACCAAAACGACAUCGAAUCAGCCGAAAACUCCAGGCUGUCUCUCCAAAAACGACCAUUUUCGCCACCAAGCAACACAAGAACCUCUGAAGAGAGAAGUCAACAAGAAUCUAACGAGAAUCGAUUUCGAGUCCAAAUCGCAGGCGAGGAUGAUCCCCUGAACCCAUUGAACUGGACGCGAUUAGCCAGAGCGAAGAACGUCUUUAUUAUCUGCUUCCUCGUCUUCACGCAAUGCUGGGCCGGUUCCGCAAUAUCGAUGGGGAACUCAAUGGCUAGUGAAGAAUUCCACGUAAGCCAAGUUGCCGAGAACCUCUCCACAGCCAUGUUUCUCUUCGGUGUCGGUACUGGAGCGCUAUUCGCUGGACCGAUAUCUGAAACGGUUGGGAGGAAUCCUACAUAUUUGGUGGCUACGGCGUUUUAUCUUUGUUUUGUUCUCGGCUCGGCUAUGACGCCUACGUUUGGUGGGCAAGUCGUUUGUCGAUUCUUCGUGGGCUUAUCGGCUAGCGCUACGUUGACGAUAAAUGGUGCGAGUGUGAAUGAUCAGUUCAGACCUGUCAAGAGAGCAUUGGUAUUUCCGAUUGUUGCUUGGGCAAAUGUCGCAGCUCCCGUCAUUGCACCCAUAGCAGGCGGCUGGAUUGUCUCCAACCCAAAGCUUGGAUGGCGAUGGACAGAAUGGAUUACUCUGAUCAUAUCUGGGGCUGCGUUUAUCAUUGCCCUAUUGUUCCUCCCCGAGACAUAUUUUCCUCUGAUCCUGUCAUGGAAAGCAAAAGAGCUUCGUCGCAUCACGGGCGAUCAACGGUAUACUUCGCAACAUGAACAGCAGCAAUCAUUUUGGAAGCAAAUGAGAAAAACACUUCCACUGCCUGCAACCUUCUUCCGCAGUGAGCCAGUCAUUAUUGUACUUGGACUCUAUCUCAUUUUGCUUUACAUACUACUCUUCAGCUUUCUAUCAGGCUUUGACUAUAUCUUCAAAGAAACCUACAGAUUGGAGCCUGGAUACCAAGGCUCAUGCUUCGCGGCCAUUGCUGCAGGAGCAACUGCUUUUGUUCUUUGUGGCCCCGGACUCUAUGAAUGGGCAAGACAACAUACUGAACGAGUUAGAGGCGCUUCUAUACAGCCAGAGUUUAGGCUCUGGCCCGCCAUUGUCACAGCUCCAUUCCUUCCCGUCUCACUGUUCUGGCUCGGAUGGACCAAUUAUUCCAGCAUUUCCAUCUGGAGCGGGCUUGGAGCCUGUUUUCUGUUCGGCAUUGUAUUGACAUCUAUCUAUGUUAGCAGCUACGAGUACAUUACUGAUAGCUACGGAGAACACUCUGCUAUCGCACUUGGGAGUAUCACUAUGUCGCGGUACCUUAUUGCCGGUGGAAUGGUCAUGGCGGCGCGGCCCAUGUAUGAAGGUAUUGGA